UUUUAAACUUUUAAUCUGAAAAACCCGGACUGGGAGGAAGCGGAAGUCUCGUUGUUAGACUGGGAUGUGUGGCUGGCGGCGGGAUAGCUGUGCUGUUUGUUAUUAGUGAGUUUGAAGAAGACAGAGCUCCAGGAGCCCUCAGCAGACGUCAAGCUGGCCACCGCAGCAGGAAAGAAGGGCAAGAAGGCCGAAGAGGAGGAGCAGCCUGCAGCACCUCCUGCAGCUGCAGCAGCAGAGGAGGAAGAGGAGGAAUAUGUGGUGGAUGAGGUUUUGGACCACAGAGUGGUGAAGGGAAGAGUAGAGUUUCUGCUGAAGUGGAAGGGGUUCUCAGAUGAGGAUAACACAUGGGAGCCACAAGGCAACCUGGACUGCCCUGACCUUAUCACCGAGUACAUGCAGAAACACAAGAAGGAGGGCAAGAGGAAAGUUGUCAGUGAGGCCUCCGUAGACUCAGAGGAGCGAGAGAGCAAGAGGAAGAAGGAGGAGAAACGGAGAGGAGGAGAGGGACCCAAAUGUCACCACUGUCAACACUGUGACAAAUCCUUCACAACAUCUGGAUAUUUAAAAAUUCAUCAGAGAGUUCACACUGGACAGAAUCUACACAGCUGUGAUCAAUGUGGGGCAGCUUUCACAUUACAGAGUCACCUAAAAACCCAUCAACAUAUUCACACUGGAGAGAAGCCGUACAGCUGUGAUCAAUGUGGGAAAACCUUUUCUGAGAAUAGUAGCCUUAAAAGACACCAGCUCAUUCACACUGGAGAUAAACCUUACAGCUGUGAUAUAUGUGAUAAAACCUUUUCUCAUAGUAGUAGCCUAAAAAUCCACCGACGUGUUCACACUGGAGAGAAACCGUACUGGUGUGAACAAUGUGGGAAAACUUUUACUGUGAAUAGUAACCUUAAAUCUCACCAGCUCAUUCACACUGGAGAGAAGCCGUACAGCUGUGAUAUAUGUGGUAAAACCUUUUCUCAGAGUAGUAGCCUAAAAAACCACCGACUUGUUCACACUGGAGAGAAGCCGUACUGGUGUGAUCAAUGUGGGGAUUCUUUUUCUAGGAGUGGUACCCUUAAAAGACACCAGCUCAUUCACACUGGAGAUAAACCUUACAACUGUGAUAUAUGUGAUAAAACCUUUUCUCAUAGUAGUAGCCUAAAAAUCCACCAACGUGUUCACACUGGAGAGAAACCGUACUGGUGUGAACAAUGUGGGAAAACUUUUACUGUGAAUAGUAACCUUAAAUCUCACCAGCUCAUUCACACUGGAGAGAAGCCGUACAGCUGUGAUAUAUGUGGUAAAACCUUUUCUCAGAGUAGUAGCCUAAAAAACCACCGACUUGUUCACACUGGAGAGAAGCCGUACUGGUGUGAUCAAUGUGGGGAUUCUUUUUCUAGGAGUGGUACCCUUAAAAGACACCAGCUCAUUCACACUGGAGAUAAACCUUACAACUGUGAUAUAUGUGGUAAAACCUUUUCUCAUAGUAGUAGCCUAAAAAUCCACCGACGUGUUCACACUGGAGAGAAACCUUACUGCUGUGAACAAUGUGGGAAAACUUUUACUGUGAAUAACUCUGUGGAUAUUCAUCAGAGAGUUCACACUGGAGAGAAGCCGUACAGCUGUGAUCAAUGUGGGGCAGCUUUCACACUACAGAGUCACCUAAAAACACAUCAACACAUUCAUACUGGAGAGAAGCCGUACAUCUGUGAUCAAUGUGGGAAAACUUUUUCUCAGCGUGGUAACCUUGAAAAACAACGACGUGUUCACACUGGAGGGCAGCCGUACUGGUGUGAACAAUGUGGGGAAUCUUUUUCUGCGAGUGGCCACCUUAAAAGACACCAGCGCAUUCACACUGGAGAUAAACCUUACAGCUGUGAUAUAUGUGAUAAAACCUUUUCUCAGAGUAGUAACCUAGAAAGCCACAGACGUGUUCACACUGGAGAGAAGCCGUACUGGUGUGAACAAUGUGGGCAAUCUUUUUCUGACAUUGGCCACCUUAAAAGACACCAGCGCAUUCACACUGGAGAUAAACCUUACAGCUGUGAUUUAUGUGGUAAAACCUUUUCUCUAAGCGAUAGCCUAAAACGCCACCGACGUGUUCACACUGGAGAGAAGCCGUACUGGUGUGAACAAUGUGGGAAAACUUUUUCUCAGAGUAGUCACCUUAAAAAACACCAGCUCAUUCACACUGCCUCUUGA